AUGGUCUACGGUGGAAAACCGAGCACAGGCUGCCAGAACUGUCGCCAAAGACACAUCAAGUGUGACGAGACCCGUCCUUCCUGCAAGGCAUGUGUUCGAACAGGCCGCAAAUGUCCUGGGUACAGACAUCCGCUAGACGUUGUCUUGCGGGAUCACACAGCCUUUCACCGCAGGAAGAACAAUGCCGUGAGUAAAUCGUCGAAAGACGUCAAGGGCGACACAAAAGAGCCAACGCCAACGCCAGUGCCAGUGCCAGUGCCAUCGGCAUCAAGUACUGCCAUAGUGCAUGCGACUCGUACUCCGCAGCCCGCAACUGCAGGUUCAUGGCCGGUCCGCCGCGAAAUUGGUGUCCCCAGGAAACUCUACCUGCCGCUGGAGGACACGGUGACUUCACUGUUCUUUAAUUCGUACUUGUACCUCCCCAAAGAUCCUCAUAUCCGGAUUGGAUUCAUGGAGAUCCUGCCGCAGUCGUACUCCAAAGCCCGAUUCGGGUCGCAUGUGCAUCUCGGUGCGUUGGCUGUUGCUUUCUUCUCCGUUGCUGCGUGGACGGGCCAUCGGUUGUUGCUGCGUACUGCGGAGCAGUUCUUUGUGAAGGCGUUGUCGAGGACGAGGGAGGCAUUGGAGGGUGAUGUUGAACAGAAUUUGGAUGACAUGUUGAUGACGGUGCUUUUGCUCUCAACAUUUGAGGAGCUCUCUGCGCUGAAGGAACGAAGGGUGCCGAACAAGGCUCAUCUGCGUGGAGCUAUUGCCUUGCUCAAUAGUCUUGGUGCCCAGAAGCGGGAUUCGCCUUCGUCGAGAGUGUUGGUGAAUGCGGUUCAGACUCAGAUUAUAAGAUCAUCCAUGGGCCUGGAUUACCUGAUGAUUCAGACCCCGAAACAAUGGCCCCUGGCACCACCGAUGACUUCAAACGGCCCUUUGCAAUUGACAGUCGCCACGUCUGAGAUCGUCAGUCUCAGACUCACCUGGGAUGAGCUCGCAUCUAGCCCUCGGAAAGAUAACGCAGACGAGAUUCAGGAUAUUCUAUCUCGAGCCGCCCUUGUCGACUCUAAGCUGGACGCCUGGCCUCGCUUCGUUCCCUCGUAUUGGCUCCCACUUCCGGCAUCUACUAUCCCUUCAUCCGUGCGAGAUGCAGGCAUCUUCCAGGGCAGGUGCGACUGCUACGCAGACCUUUGGGUGGCCUCUACGUGGAACCUCUACCGCGACUCGCGAAUCGUAGUCCGAAAAAUCAUCCUCGACUGUCUGCACUCACUGAACAGUGACAGUGCCAAUGACCACCAGAUUCAAGAAACGAUCUUAAUGAUCCAGUCCUUAACCACCGAUAUCUGUGCCUCCAUUCCAUUCUUUCUCGGCAGUCAGAUACGAUCCGCCCAAAUGAGUCCUCACGGGAUCGUGUACCCGGAAGCAGAGGAAAGGCGAGUCUCGCCAGCGCACCAGCAGACCGCGCCACUGCUGAGCGGGUGGUUCGUCUUGCCGUAUUUGAAUAGUUUCUGCUCACCAGGGCUGAGUUUACGCGAUGACCAACUGGCGUGGAUCAAGGGGCAGAUUCAGCGGGUGGAGCGGAUAUACCCUUUUGAUGGUCGUUUGGGGUAG